GUUGGUGUCGAGCAACAAUUCCUCGUUCGCAAUGGACUCAACCAGUUAUAUCCUUUUUAAAGGAAACAAGAGGCUAACGCUUAGGGAGGACGACAUGAUGGGAGAUAAAAUUGCCAGAAUUUUCCAGGUAUAUGCUCCUAGCCUGUACAUAACCGAUGAUGACAAUGUGGCGAUAUUCCCGGGAUCGUCUGGACAUUUCAGCUGCUUGGACCUUAGACCUCGAGGCCACUAUGAGGUUCAUGGGGAUGAUAUUGCUCUACCAGUCGCCGAGCAGACUCCUCCAUUGUCAGGCCAGAACCGUUUCCAGUUCCACCGUCCAGCACAGCCCACUGCUGCUCUGGGAUCACCUGCUCAGGCCAUUGCUCCCACUACCCCUCGAGCAAGCAUGAGUAACACCUUCCAAAGGUCUGUUUUCAUUGCUGAGCUCAGCCAGGGGAAACUGAAGCCUGCCCGUAUGGUUGUACUCAGACUGUUUGAGUUUGAAGCCACAACCACAGGUAUCCUUGCAAAAAUACAUGAUGCCCUGCAGAGUGAUGACCCUCUCAUCCUGACUGAUGCCCAGGGAAAUGAGAUUGUGGACUCUGAAGGGACAAGAGGAUCCAAGUAUUGGAAGCAAAAUGCAAAAAAGUUUCUUGCUGUCCCAGAGCAGAUCUUCCAUGAGUUCCAGCAAGGAACAAAGGGAAAGAAACUGAGUCAUAAAGACAUGGACUCCACAGGUCUUCAGGGGGUCCAUGAUAAAAUAGAGGAAGUGAUCUUGGCUGCUCAAGGACUGAGUGAGGUCACCCAAGUCGUGAAGGACCUGUCAACACAUGCCAACAACACCAGGGGUGCCAUGCUGUUUCUGACCAACACCAUGAUAACACACAUAAAGGAUGCCUUUGGUUGUAUUGUAUGCAAAGGGCUAAUGGAAGAGCCUGUGAUUGCCGUAUGCUGCAAAAGCUUUGUUGGCUGCAAAAACUGCGUUGACCAGUGGAUGCUGACAUCUGACCAGUGCCUCAAAUGCAGGGCAGAUGAGUUCUCUGUCAAUGCUCACAGGCUGACCAGUCUUGACCAUCUUCUCUCCUCAUUGGCUGGUGUAAUUAAGAUGGAUUAAUCCUUUAAGUGUGAUUGUAUCACAUUCAACGAUUUAAGCUUGAUUACCUCUGUUACAGCUGGCUAAUAGCCUUGUUCUAAAUCCAGUUGGAAUUUUGCACUUGUUCAA